GUCCCAGUUCUUCACUUUUAUUGUAUGCAAAAGAAUAACCAGAAAUCCCAGCUUUUAUGUUGUAUGGACAAAGGACAUCAGGGCUUGGAAUGACACAAGGAUUUGAUGAUGAAACAAUCAUGAAAUCUUCAGCCACCCACCUCCCCUGCCUCUCUCAUCUCAUAUAAACUGUUUGUUUUACUUCUGGUCUCAAAUCAACAAAGCAAAUUGAAGAGGCUGUAGUCUCUUAAACAAGUCUAUCAGUUUGUAUGUGUAUGGAUAAGUUGCCUUUAUGUAACUUUUCAAUUUUUUUAUUUCCUUUUCAGAAGAAACAAACAAAAUCAUUAAGGGCGAUCAAGAGAACUAACAACUAUCUGUCUGCUUGACAACAUCUUCUUACAAAUGUCUCGCCUUUGACUGAAUUUCAACCAAGCGCACAGGACAAUGAACUCCACCAUGCUUGAGAACACAGCGCAAGACACAUACACAGAGUAUUUUGUUCGAAAUUUUAUUGUUGUUGUUCUUGGGAUCAUUAUUAACUCUGUCAAUGGAUUAUUUGUGUUUACAUUUUUCAGGAGUUCAAUUUUCUACAAUGACCCGAGAUACAUAUUAUAUAUUCAUCUGGUUAUGAAUGAUAUUCUCAUGGUUUUCAUAACUGUAAUUCUUUUUGUGAUGGCAUAUGCGUGGUCUAAUGUCCCUCUGCCAUUCUGUUUUAUAUUGAUAAUAAUCGCCUCCACGACUCAUAAGAAUACUCCAUUGACUUUGGCUGGUAUGGCCAUUGAGCGUUACAUUGCCAUCUGUAAACCGCUGCAUCAUCCUCAGAUCUGCACCGUACGUCGGACCUACAUCCUCAUCUCUCUCAUAUGGGGCGUUGGAGUUUUUCCAGCACUGGCUGACUUUUUUCUGUUUUUGAUUGUUUUUCCUUUAUCUGUUUUCUCUGAAGGUACACUCUGUAGUAUAGUGAUUCUCUAUAGUUCACCGUACCAUUAUAUGAUGAGCAAGUUUUUGCAUGGACUUUAUACAUCUGCUGUGUGGCUGAUUCUUGUGUUGACAUACUAUAGAGUUAUGGUUACAGCCAGAAGAGCCGAUACUGAUAAAUCCUCAGCUAAAAAGGCUCAAAGCACCAUCCUGUUACAUGGACUACAGCUGAUGCUCUGUAUGUUAUCUUACAUCACACCUCUUAUAGAUAGGAUUUAUGCACCGCUUUUACCUUAUGAGCAGAAAAAAAUGAUCUUUUUAAAUUAUAUUAUAACAAAUAUGAUGCCACGACUGCUCAGUCCUCUGAUUUAUGGCAUUCGAGAUAAACAUUUUUAUAAACACAUGAAGGGACAUUUCAAAAUUCGAUUAUUUAUUGUAAAAGUUGAAGCAACAAAAAGAUAA